GAUUUUGUUCGUGUCUUUCUUGUCUUGUGGCUUCGCGUUGUAAACAAAUUCGUGAAUUCAGCCAAUUUAUAGAAAAAGCUUUGGUACACUUGCGUUAUUCGAAUAUACUCAAUUAUUCUUGUCAAUUUUCAAUCUUGUGAAGCCUUGAAACUGUUCCAAUAUUGUUUUGUCGUACCAUUCGACUUAUAACCUUAUAUUUUGUGUUGUGGUUUAUUUAUGAUUAAUCAUGGAAAGCGAUGAAAUUGGCAAUGACUUGGUGCGGCUGGACAACGGAUAUCUUGUUGACGAAGAGAAUAACAUACGCUGUGAAUAUGUUGUUAAUUCCGACGAUGUUAUGGAUGACGAAAACAAUUCAGAUUCGGGCAGUAAAAAUGCUCCACUUAGAGAACAGGAUAGAUUCCUUCCUAUUGCCAAUAUUGCUAAGAUUAUGAAGAGAGCUAUCCCUGAUAAUGGAAAGAUAGCAAAAGAUGCAAGAGAAUGUGUACAAGAAUGCAUAUCAGAGUUCAUAUCAUUUGUCACAAGCGAAGCUAGUGACCGCUGUAAAGUUGAAAAGAGGAAAACAAUAAAUGGUGAAGAUAUCCUUUUUGCUAUGAAUGCACUCGGUUUUGACAACUACGUAGAACCCUUGAAGUUGUACCUUAAGAAAUAUCGGGAAAUAGUACUACCACCAGUAAGUAAUACCGUAACCUUGAGCAAAUUGAGCAAACCUAUAGUGCUUUAUGGAGAAGAUGGCACCGCCUGUAUACCAGCCGAAAAUGAUUCAGAAACACAAACGGAAUCAGCAGUACUGUAUUCAUAUAAAGAGUUGAAAGUUAUUGAAGACUUUAAUAUUGCAUGAAAAUUAAAGAAGUAAGGUCUCCAUCUCAAGGUAUACAGCUUAACUCCUUACAGAUUUUAUAUGAGAAGUCCAGAGGCCUACUGCCAUAUUUUAAGGUAAUAUUAUUGUGUAAAAGAGAUGCUGCUCUGUGCCGUCUAUCGCGCUGUCCCGCUUCCACAACGAUAAUUAUAUUACUUGUAUGAUAUGGUGGUAUCCCUUCUGCCCUGUAGAAUGUGAUUGGCAAAUUACUUUAACUCAAUAUAGAUACAGCCUUGUAUAACUUCGAAUAGGCUUGGCGGCCUGCAAUCAUCGUUUAAAAAAGCAUUAAUUGUGAAAGAGAGAUGCUGCUACUAGCCUUGUAUUGCGCCGUCUCGUAUUAUCGAUUGCAGACAUUAUUAUUUUAAGGGGUGGCGAUAGGCGCCUGGCAGUGUGUAGAGGGUUGAGUAUUUAAGUCAGGGACCGGCCGGAUACUCAUUGAAAGGGUUUUUGAAGGGGUUUUUUUAAGCGCUUCAAGAAAAAACCCUAUGACA